AAAAUUUUCAGUGUCCAAAGGCAUAGUCAGUCACCGCCAUGGAGAAGGCCGAGUCACAUUCAAAGCAGCACGAGGAAAUAAUUUUUCGUAGUAAAUACCCUGCUGUGGCCGUGCCUGAUAAUUUAACAUUGCCGGAAUUUGUUCUCCAAGAUGCAGAAUUGUACGCUGACAAGGUGGCAGUUGUGGAAGCGGUGAGUGGGAAGGCAUACACUUAUGCUGAGGUGGUGAGGGACGUGAAGAGAUUUGCAAAGGCACUGAAAUCUCUCGGCUUGAGAAAGGGACAAGUGGUGAUUGUGGUGCUGCCAAAUGUGGCUGAAUAUGGCAUUGUUGCCCUUGGAAUCAUGGCUGCUGGUUGUGUCUUUUCGGGCGCCAACCCCACAGCUCAUGUAUCAGAGCUUGAGAAGCAAGUGCAGGCAGCUGAUGCCAAAUUGAUUGUCACAAAUGGCACAAUAUACGAAAAGGUAAAAGGUCUAGGCCUACCAAUUAUUGUAGUAGGUGAAGAAAGGAUUGAAUGUGCCAUAAAUUGGAGUGAACUGCUUGAAGCAGCUGACCGUGCAGGCAAUUAUUUUACUGAAGAAGAUACCCAACAGACUAAUCUUUGUGCUCUUCCUUUUUCUUCAGGCACCACAGGGAUGUCAAAGGGUGUAAUGCUUACUCAUAGAAAUCUUGUUGCUAACCUUUGCUCAUCACUUUUCAGUGUAGGACCUGAAAUGAUAGGCCAAGUUACCACCUUGGGCUUAAUUCCAUUUUUUCACAUAUAUGGGAUCACUGGAAUUUGCUGUGCCACGCUUAGAAACAAGGGUAAAAUUGUUAUGAUAAACAGGUUUGACUUAAGAACAUUUUUGAAUGCUCUUAUCACACAUGAAAUCACAUUUGCACCAAUUGUUCCACCCAUUAUUUUAGCCCUGGUUAAAAAUCCCAUUGUUGAGGAAUUCGAUCUUAGCAAGCUCAAACUAAGGGCAGUCAUGACUGCCGCAGCACCGCUUGCCCCUGAACUUGUUAAUGCCUUUGAAAACAAGUUCCCUGGCGUCCAAAUCCAGGAGGCUUAUGGACUGACUGAACAUAGUUGCAUCACACUUUCUCAUGGAGAUCCCACUAAAGGCCAUGGCAUUGCAAAGAAAAACUCAGUAGGAUUCAUUCUUCCGAAUUUAGAAGUGAAGUUCAUUGAUCCUGACACUGGUAGAUCUCUCCCCAAGAACACCCCAGGUGAAAUUUGCGUUCGAAGCCAAUGUGUAAUGAAAGGUUAUUAUAGAAAUGAAGAGGAAACCAGUCGGACUAUCGACAAGAGUGGUUGGCUGCAUACUGGUGACAUUGGCUACAUAGAUGACGAUGGAGAUAUUUUCAUUGUGGAUCGUAUCAAAGAGUUAAUCAAGUACAAAGGCUUUCAAGUAGCACCUGCAGAGCUAGAGGCCAUCCUUCUUUCACAUCCUUCUGUUGAAGAUGCUGCAGUGGUUCCGUUGCCUGAUGAAGAGGCUGGAGAAAUCCCAGCUGCCUGUGUUGUGAUGAACGCAAAUUCCAAAGAGAGCGAAGAAGAUAUCAUGAAUUAUGUUGCCUCCACUGUUGCCCAUUACAAGAAAGUGAGAGUUUUGCAGUUUGUGGACGCCAUUCCCAAGUCUCCUUCCGGGAAAUUAAUGCGAAGACUUGUUAAAGAAAAAAUGGCGGAGAAGAUGAAGAAGAUCAGAAGAGCCAAGCCCACCAUAGCCAGUUGAAAAAUAAGAUUCAAAGAGCCAUCCCAUGGUCACGUGGGGGUCAUGCGUUAAUCAUAAGCAUGAGAUUUCAAAGCCGAUUAAAUUUUUAUUAGUGCCAACAUCAAUGCCAUGCCACAUAAAAUUAAAAUAAUCUUAAUUAAAAUAAAAUUUUUAUAAUAUAUGCUUAAAGUGACAUGACCCACCUUCCGUUGUCCACCCAUUUUCUGAUCUGAACAAAUCGUGAAGUACGCCUGAUAAUAAUAUUAUUUUUUGUGCGCGAAA